AAAUUCCAGCUGAAACUGGGGGAUACUUUUCAAGUUCAAACUUUCACGCUCUGUUCUUUGAAGCAUCACUUAUGUUUGGGUUUUAGUAGGGUUUAACCCGAGGCAGAGGAAGAGGAGGAGAAGGAGGAGGAUUUCAUUUCCCAAACAAAGACAACUUGAAGAAUCUAUUGUGGAACUCUACCUGCAACUAACGACUGGGAUAUCUAUUGAUUGGUGUUCAGACAGGUUAAUGCCUUUGUUAUUCCAGAUAUGGCCUUGCAAAGUUCACUGAGAUUACAGCAUUUUCUUACGGCUCCAAAACAAAACACCAUUUCUUGUUUUGCUUCUGCAUUCUCUGGAGGUAUCCUUCUCUCCAAAGCAACACAAAGGUCUUGUUCCUCUGUUUCUUCAUCGAAGUUCAACAAUUCUGCGAUUCCCUCUCCAAAGUUUCCCAAAUUAUCUCUGGUGGAGGGUAAUUGUAGGAGGAGAACCAGGUUGAGAGCUUCUAAAGUUGAAGAGGAAGUUGGUUCUGAUGGUGGAAGGAAAGAUAAGGAAUCUAAAAUCGGUGGUGAGGAUGACGAAGAUGGACCGACACUAAUGGAUGAAGGAGAAAGACGGGAAUGGAGAAGGAAAAUUAGAGAGGUGAUCGACAAGAACCCCGAUGUUGAAGAGGAGGAAGACCCAGAGGAAAGGACAAAGAAAAUGGAGAAACUUCUAGCUGAUUACCCUCUAGUUGUGGAUGAGGAAGAACCUGACUGGCCAGAUGAUGCAGAUGGGUGGGGCUUCAACUUUGGUCAGUUCUUCAACAAGAUAACAAUCAAGAAUGUCAAGAAAGAUGAUGAUGAGAACUAUGAUAGCGACAAAGAGUUGGUUUGGCAAGAUGAUAAUUACAUUCGUCCAAUUAAAGACAUCACCACUAUGGAAUGGGAAGAGACUGUAUUCAAGGACAUCAGUCCUCUGAUCAUUCUAGUGCACAAUCGAUAUAAAAGACCCCGGGAGAAUGAAAAGGUGCGAGACGAAUUGGAGAAAGCAGUCCAUGUCUUUUGGAACUCCAGGCUGCCUUCACCGAGGUGUGUUGCAGUUGAUGCUGUUGUUGAACUUGAUUUGGUCUCUGCUUUGAAGGUCUCUGAUUUCCCUGAGAUUAUCUUCACUAAAGCUGGGAAGAUAUUAUACCGUGAGAAAGCAAAUCGAACAGCAGAUGAUUUGUCAAGGAUAAUGGCAUUCUUCUACUAUGGAGCAGCCAAGCCACCAUGCUUGAGUAAUGAUGGAGAUAGUCAAGAAGUGAUUCCCUCUUUAGCAAGAAACAAGAAGGAAUGCUGAACUGAGCAAAAAUGUUGCAGUGCACACUGAAGCUUUAAAUGUGUAUUGUUGUCCAAACAGAAUAGAUAGAAAGUGUUGUAACAAAAUGUAAUUCAGUAACUUCUUGUGUAUGAUGCAGAUUCAAACAGAAGCCAAGAAUGAUGAAUUAGACUUCUCCCAA